CUAUGGGCUAAUCAAAACUCUGUGAGAUUUCAUUGAAAGUGUAACAUCAUGAUCUCUAUUUUGGAGAUAUUUCAAAAUUCUGAAUGAUGUCCAGGGAAAAAGAAAAUAUCAAAUCAAAACUUAAGAAGUGCCGUGUUCGUUUCAAAACUGAUUCCAAUACUUCUUUCAGUUUGUCUAAGACUAACCUGAGAGAGAAUGACAAGCAAGAAUGUGACAAACCUACUGAAGAGGAGAGACUACCUGAUAAAGAAACAUGCACAGGCAGUUCAGCUAAUAUGUCCGACUUAUCAAGUCGACACAGUAUCGAAAGCACAUCAAGACCUUCAAGGGAAUCAUUGGAAACCGAUUUUAAUCCAGACAAGAUGUCUGGAGAUGAACAAAGUGCUUACCACGUGGUUAGAUCCGCUCUUAAGUAUGGUUACGCUAACCAUAUAAUAAACAAGAACGACCGUGUUUUCUGGCUGCGUAAGUUCCCAGCUAUCGAGUCUAGUGAUGGCAAAACCGUGAGGAAGCUGAAAAAACACGAUGAAUACAAAUUUCGAAAACGCAAGAGGCCAAGAAAACAGAAAUCAACAAAUAAAUCAACUCAAAGACAUAUAACCAAAAAGCCAGACACAUCAACAGACUCCUCCUCAGAGUCUAUACUGAGUAGUCCAUAUAAAAUAUGUAAAAUAAAAUGUGUGUCAAAAAAAUGAAA